GAGAAGAGUAGAGUAGAGAGGAGCAAACUACCACCACGACGCUCUACACUGCUCGAAUUUUUAUUUACCUGGAAAUCUAGUGGAACGUUGAUGAGGAAACUUUAACCCUGAGUAGCCCUAGACUCACUGCAAAAAUAACUCUCCGGACAAACAUCUUGCGAUAAGGAUCCAGACCAAAAGCAAAUAAGUGUGGAAAAUGGGUAUGUGAGACGGUGUAUGUUGAGCCUGCUGUGUGCCUUUGACUGAGGAAACGCCUCGCUGUGUAAGAACCUCCCUCACUUCACAAUGAAGGCCCUCACUUUGCUCUGUUUCCUGAUGGCUGUGGAGGUCGAGGCCUCUCGGUUCAUCCGGGACUCCCCGGCUGUGCCUGACACUUCUGAAGUCUUCAAGAAUAAUGUUUCCAUCCCACGUCUACUUCCACAGCCAGCCCGGCCGAGGGGCUCUUUCCCCCCCAUGUGCAUAAGGCCCACAGAGAUUAAGCACGCCUUCAAGUAUGUGAACACCAUUGUGUCCUGCCUGAUCUUUGUGGUCGGGAUCAUUGGCAACUCCACGCUCCUCAGAAUUAUAUACAAGAACAAGUGUAUGAGGAAUGGACCCAACGUCCUGAUUGGCAGCCUGGCACUGGGGGACCUACUUUAUAUCAUCAUUGCCAUCCCCAUCAAUGUGUAUAAGCUAAUAGCAGAGGACUGGCCAUUUGGAGUGCAUGUCUGCAAGAUGAUACCAUUCAUCCAAAAAGCUUCAGUGGGUAUCACUGUCCUCAGCCUGUGCGCUCUAAGUGUGGACCGCUACCACGCAGUAACAUCAUGGAGCAGGGUGAAGGGAAUGGGCAUCCCUUUGUGGAAAGCAGUGGAGGUGACACUGAUUUGGGUGAUUGCUUUGCUGCUAGCAGUCCCUGAGGCGCUUGCAUUUGACAUGCUGGAGAUGCCAUACAGAGGCAACAAGCUGCGUGUGUGUCUGUUACAUCCAGAGCAGAGCUCCAACUUCAUAAAGUUUUACCAAGCUGUAAAAGACUGGUGGCUGUUUGGCUUCUACUUCUGCCUACCACUUGCCUGCACAGGACUCUUUUACAGCCUCAUGUCCUGCGAGAUGCUGAGUCGCAAGAGAGGCAUGCGGAUUGCACUCAACGACCACAUGAAACAGAGGAGGGAAGUGGCCAAGACAGUGUUCUGCCUUGUGCUGAUUUUCGCUCUCUGCUGGUUGCCACUUCACCUCAGCCGUAUUCUGAAGAAAACAGUCUAUGACCAAAAUGACCCCAACCGCUGUGAACUCCUCAGCUUCCUCUUAGUGAUGGAUUACAUCGGCAUCAACAUGGCUUCCCUGAACUCCUGCAUCAACCCCAUUGCCCUCUACUUUGUCAGUCAGAAGUUCAAAAACUGCUUCCAGUCUUGCCUGUGCUGCUGGUGCUAUGGAACAUCUACACUGGAUGAACGAGGUUCCGGCCCAGGGUGGAAGGGCUCCUACCAUGGCAACGGACUCGAUCGCUCCAGCUCCCGCUCUAGUCAAAAAUACACAAGCUCCUCAUAAACACGCACAUGCUUAACAUGCUCUUCUUUUCUUACAAACUCCAUGUCACAAUUAGCAACGACAAUGGAAGGGAUAUCAGAGCUAGGUAGACGUCUUCCAGAUUUGUGUCUGAAGUGGACUGAAAGACAUCAAAGGAUCAGCCCAAACUGGACUGUACCUGCAGAAAGACAAACACCAAGGUUUCACGCUUUCCUUCACAUUCCACAGAGGCUGAAUGUUGCUCUGUGGUCGCGAAAUACAUUUAUCAAGUCACAUGUGGAUGUCUGUACAGUAUUAAUUCCAUGCAAAAUUGCAGACACACACGUACAUGCACGCACACACAAAGUAUGUAUAGCUUAUAUUGAAAGCAAAGUGCUAAAAGAUGAGCCUGUGCUAUUGUUUAAAAAAAGCAUAAUAAUGCGUCUAGACAUUAACCGAAUCAAUAUCUAAAACUGAGCACCGUCAAUGCCCACGUGCCUUCAACAUCAUAUCAGACAAAUUGUGAUGGCACGUUGCUUAUUGUCAAGGAGAGGGCAGCUGUUGUGAAGAUAUUGUAUGCAUCAGAUCAUUCCUAUUUUGUGAAUAUUAUUAUUCUUUAAUUAUUCCUGCUUGAUGUUGAGUGUUCCAACUGUGUAGAGCAUCUUGUCCUAUGACAGCUUCUGUUGCCAGGCAAAAUUAGCUUUGAUGGUCCUCAAGUGCUGAGCAGUUAUUUUCACCUCUGUCACCGUGUGGUUGCUGUCUUUGCGACAUUCGGCUUGGCCCUGUCACAGCAGGAAAUCACUUCAAGGGGACCAAUUUAAAAGCUGUUUAAUUAAAUGUGACGGACUGUGUUAUGUUUUUAAGAAACACUUUUUGCUUACGCCUUUAUGAAGCAAAUGUUUUAUACCUUUGUCGUUCUAUUAAAUAUAUUGCGAAGACUGGAAGUAUACUGUUAAAAUGUGCUUUUCUAAAGGUGAGUGCUUGUAAUGUGAAUGACAGACAGCAAGAUUAUCUUAAAAGCGCUCAACAUUUGUGACAAAACUUUUAGUGCCAUCAUACAGUGCACUAUAUGUACAAAAAUGUUGGGACACUUGGCUAUUACACCUGCAGGAACUAUGAAUGGAAUAAAAGUGGCAAAACUUUC